AUGUUCUUUUUUCGGCUGCGUCCGUACAUCACAUCAGUCACCAUGGAAAUGUGUGGCCAGAGGUAUUCUCUGUCUGGCCCCUCUGGUGCUAUGAGCACAAUCCUUCCUGCAGUGGACGCAUUGCUGGGGAUUCGGAACACAUCUGCAGAACUUCGCGAGGCAGUCAAGACGUUCGAGGGCUAUGUUCCGAAGGAGCACAGACAGUUUCUUGACGGUCUUCGCAAUGCACCCAGCAGCGUCCGCAGCUUCAUCAAAGCCGGCAAAGCAACUCUGGAAGAGAGCAUGUGGUAUGCACUGGCCGGGGCCUACAAUGCUUGUAUUUCGAGGGUCUUGGACUUUAGGCACAUCUCAGAUUCUCAGGUGGCCAGGAUCACCCUCGGUCCGAAAGGAGAGGCACACACCCGGCAAGAAAGCGCGGAGGCGUCGAUCUCCGCAAAACAUGCCAAUCUGCCAGUGUUCGGCGAUGUGACCAACGGCCACUUCUGGGAUCCGACUGGUCCGAACGGCUUCGUGACCAACCGCUGCGGGAAUCUGCCAGGAUGGGGUCCAGGCUCGCCGGCCGAAGGGGACUUCCCGGCUUUGGGUGGGGGCGGGGGGUUGUCGGGCACCCUCGUCAUGGCCGUGCUGACCUGA